CCUCUCCACCGGUGUGUUGCAAGGGAGAUCUCAGGAUGGAUUUCCAGAAUCGUGCAGGAUCCAAAUUCGGUGGCGGCGGUGUCGCAUCGCAAUCCGCGACCAAUGCAGACCGUCGCGAACGUCUUCGCAAACUCGCCCUCGAGACGAUCGACCUCGACAAGGAUCCUUAUUUCUUCAAGAACCAUGUAGGAAGCUUCGAGUGUCGUCUGUGCUUGACGGUCCACCAGAACGAUGGCUCCUACCUCGCCCACACCCAAGGCCGGAAACAUCAGACGAACCUUGCGCGACGUGCGGCCCGCGAACAACGGGAAGGGAAGAAUCAGGACCCCUCGUCGCUGCCCGGGGCAAUGGGCGUGCAGGUCAAGAAGCAGACGAUCAAGAUUGGACGGCCGGGUUACAAGAUCACCAAGAUCCGGGACCCCUUGACGCGACAGCUGGGGCUGCUGUUCCAGUUGCAGUAUCAGGAGAUUACGCCGGGAGUGCAGCCCCGGGUGCGUUUUAUGUCGGCGUUCGAGCAGAAGGUGGAGGAGCCUCCGGACAAAAACUUCCAAUAUCUCGUCGUGGCUGCCGAGCCGUAUCAGACGUGCGGUUUCAAGCUUCAGGCGAGGGAGAUCGAUCGCCGAGAUGGCCGGUACUGGACCUGGUUUGACGAGGAUAGCAAGGAAUUCUGGGUGCAGAUCAUGUUCAAGACCGAGCGAGAAGAGCGAUUCAGUGGUGUCCCUGGUCUGGCUCCGGCUAUUGGAUCAUAGAGACUAGCUCGGCUGCUUCGGGGAGGAAAGUGCUGUUCAUUUGCUGGCUGCAAAAUUUGAUGGCGUGUGCUGUUCAUCGAAAGGGUUCAUAACGGCGUUUCAGGAUUCUUUUCUUUUCUUACUUGUGAUAUUGUGACCUAGCACUAUCUUUCCACUGUUAUCGGGUUGUGUGUUGGGAACUCGAGAUGGCUUUCUUCUAAGGUACAAACCGACUUCUUUUUUUUUUCUUCUUUGUUCCAAACUACACAUGUUUCCCUGGCGUCUUCGAGCCACUAGCAUUGUUAUCUAAAAUGCUCCAACAUUUAAAUUAGAU